AUGUCUGAAUUGAAGGUGUUUCAACCAACGGAAAUUGUCCUGGCAAAGGUCAAGGGCUAUUCGGCUUGGCCAUCAAUGAUCAUUCCAGAUGAAAUUAUUCCGGCUAAUGUUAUGAAAUCAGAAUAUAUGAAUUCUGAUAACGACGAUGUGGACUCGGAGUCUGAUAUAGAUACUAGUAACACCGAUAACUAUAUUGUUUAUUCAAAUAUUCUUUCCUUUAAGAAAUUUAUUAAACCAAAGGAUAUCUAUUGCGUGAAAUUCUUCUGCGACGAUUCGUAUAUUUGGGUUAAACACCGUGAUCUCUCGAUACUCACAAUUGAAGAUUGUCAAGAAUGGUUAAACUCUAGCGUAAGGAAGAAUAAGAAGUUGAUUCCUGCUUAUGAAAUGGCUCUUACUGGACUUGUCACCAAAAAUGGAAUUGAUGUUUGGGAAUUUGUUGAGUAUGGCUCAAUGGGUAAAGCCAAAAAUGAUGAAGAGUAUACAGAGGAUGGCAAUGGUGACUCUGAUGAAACUGCAGGAUCUCGUAGAAGUAAGAGGAUAAAAAAGGUAACUAGAUCUUCUAGUAGACAAAGAACCAAAAGACAACAAGAAAAUGAUGAAACUGAAGAUACAGCUGCUUCAAAGAGGACAAGGAGUAGAAGGAACAUCAAAUCAGAAUCGACUACAAAGGAUGAAGUAGUACAACCCUCAUCGAAACGUUCAAGAGCCUCUACACCUAAAAUAAAACAAUCUAGAACUACAAAAGCAGCACCAACAUUGAAAUCGAAAAAGAAAUCGGAACCAAAACCUGUAUUGUUUAAUUAUGAUGAUGAUGAGGAUUGGAGUGUAGUUGGAUUGGGACCUCAAGAUCUAUCAGUGAAUAAACAUGUAAGUCCAUUAGUCAAGAAACUUUCCCAAAAGAAAAAUGUUGAUAAGCAUAAUGAUUUGAAAUUGGAUAUACAAGAUAGAAUCGCAUCGGUGAAUAGUUUAUUAUCAAACAUAUUUGCAUCUUCUUUUGAAGAAGGAAAUACUCUAAAGAAAAAUGAUAUGGAGAUUAUAUUAGACGAGCUGGACAUUGCGAUUGGGAUGAGAGGACCCCAUAACGAAUUUAUAACAACAUUCAUAUCUAAUAGUGAAUUGUUAUUUAAUUUCAGACUAUUGUUCAAUCUGAAGGGUGAGGAAUUGAAAAACUGGUCAUUGUGGAAUGGAUUUCAAAAACAUUUUAGACAAAUAUAUGAACAUGAAUUUAUGAAUGAUAGCAAGACAUGGUCCAUCGAUCCCAUAGAUAAAGAAAUGAAUGGCAACAGUAACCUUGGCUCUCAAUUAAAGGUGGAGAAUAAGUAA